AGGCAGAGCGAGGCGAGGCUCCGCCUCCGGAGGAGGAAGGCCGGACACGCCGCAGUCAGGGGCGGCCCGAGAGGCUGCCGAGCCGGGCAGGCGCUGCACCGGGGCCCGGGAGCGGCGUCGAGAGCCAUGGCGCGUCGGGAGCGUGUGGCUGCGUACAGUGGGCUUCUCCGUCUGGGCGCUCUGUGGCUGCUGCUCUGGCUGGGGCCCCGGAACUGUAGUAACGCCAAUUCAGUGACCCUGCCAGAAACAUUGCUGUUCGUUUCAACUCUGGAUGGGAGUUUGCAUGCCGUUAGCAAGAGGACGGGGUCAAUCAAGUGGACUUUAAAAGAAGAUCCUGUACUUCAGGUGCCUCUACAUGUGGAAGAUCCUAGACCGGCCUUUCUUCCCGAUCCAAAUGAUGGAAGUCUGUACACGCUUGGUGGCAAGAAUAAUGAAGGCUUGACCAAACUGCCAUUCACCAUUCCCGAGCUAGUUCAAGCAUCUCCUUGCCGCAGUUCAGAUGGAAUUCUGUACAUGGGAAAGAAGCAAGACAGCUGGUAUGUGGUGGACCUCAUGACAGGGGAAAAACAGCAGACCUUAACUUCUUCAUUUGCCGAAAGCCUGUGUCCGUCUACAUCUCUCCUGUAUCUUGGUCGAACAGAGUAUACCAUCACCAUGUACGAUACCAAGAGUAAGGAGCUACGAUGGAACGCCACUUACUUUGACUACGCAGCCACCUUGCCUGAUGAAGACGUCCAAUAUAAAAUGUCCCACUUUGCAUCUAACGGAGACGGACUGGUGGUAACUGUGGACAGCGAGUCAGGCGACGUCUUGUGGAUCCAGAAUUACGGCUCCCCUGUCGUAGCCUUCUAUAUCUGGCAGCGGGAAGGAUUGUGGAAAGUGAUGCACACAAAUGUGGGCAUAGAAACCCUGCGCUAUCUCACCUUCAUGUCUGGCGAAGUUGGACGCAUCACUAAGUGGAAGUAUCCCUUUCCCAAAGAAACAGAGGCCAAAAGCAAAUUGAUGCCAACGCUCUACGUAGGGAAAUACUCUACGGGCUUGUAUGCAUCGCCAUCGAUGGUCCACGAAGGAGUGGCUAUUAUGCCCCGGGGAAGUCCCAUACCGCUGAUUGAGGGUCCCAAAACACACGGCGUAACAAUUGAAGAGUGUGUUAUCACCCCCAGUACAGAUCUGAAGUUUUCAUCCGGAUUUAAACAGAAGAACAGUUUGCGCUAUUUGAGGAAUCACUGGCUUUUAAUAGGGCACCACGAGACACCGUUAUCGGCCCCGACUAAGAUCCUAGAGAAGUUCCCAAGCAAUUUGCCAAAGCGGCACGAAAAUGUGAUCCCGGCGGAUUCGGACAAAGCUGCUUUUGAAGAGGCAAUCAAUAUGGGUGGCAGUUCCAGCAAGGACUUGCCUCCUCCCAUUUCGGAGAAUGCUGGAGAGACCCCCGGCCAGUCGCCACCUCGACCAGAGGCUCCCGUCGAUUCCAUUCUCAAGGACACGGCUACCGUCAUCCUGAGCACUUUCCUGCUUGUUGGCUGGAUAGCCUUUGUCAUCACAUAUCCAAUGAGUGUGCAUAAUCAGCAACAGCGACAACAUCAGCAAUUCCAGAAACAGCUGGAGGAGAAGAUUCAGCUGUUGCAGCAGCAGCCUUUCAAUCCUCCCAUUGACUUGCCCCCCGAGGCAGAAUUCCUGGAUGGCUCCUGCGUCAGGCCAGAGAGCUCGGCCACCAGCUCACCAAACAUGUCUCCAAAAGCAUCAAACCACUCCGCCUAUUCCAACGUCUCCGCUUCUGAUGUCGGGAGCUGCCUUUCCACUGAGCAAGAAGAAGAUGAAAACAUGGCCACUAUAGCGGUUGGAAAGAUUUCGUUCAACCCGAAGGAUGUGCUUGGACACGGAGCUGAGGGAACCAUUGUUUACAGGGGGACAUUUGACAAUCGAGAUGUUGCUGUGAAGAGAAUUCUCCCCGAAUGCUUCAGCUUCGCUGACCGGGAGGUGCAGCUGUUGCGGGAAUCCGAUGAACAUCCAAAUGUGAUCCGCUAUUUCUGCACGGAAAAGGACCGUCAGUUCCAAUACAUAGCCCUUGAGCUCUGUGCCGCGACUUUACAAGAGUAUGUGGAACAGAAGGACUUCAGUCAGCAUGGUUUGCAGCCGAUCACCCUCUUGCAACAGACAAUGUCUGGUCUUGCAUAUCUCCACUCUCUCAACAUUGUGCACAGAGACCUGAAGCCGCACAAUAUCCUCAUCUCCAUGCCCAAUGCCCACGGAAAGGUCAAAGCCAUGAUUUCCGACUUCGGCCUCUGCAAGAAGCUUGCAGUGGGCAGGCACAGUUUCAGCCGUCGGUCCGGGGUCCCAGGCACUGAAGGCUGGAUUGCUCCAGAGAUACUGAGCGAGGACUGCAAAGAGAACCCGACACACACAGUGGAUAUUUUUUCAGCUGGCUGUGUCUUCUACUACGUGAUCUCUGAAGGCAACCAUCCAUUUGGCAAAUCCCUGCAGCGGCAAGCCAACAUUUUGCUGGGUGCCUACAGCCUAGACUUCCUCAGUCUAGAGAAGCAUGAGGACAUAGUUGCUCGUGACUUGAUAGAGCAAAUGAUAAGUACAGAUGCUCAGAAGCGUCCUUCGGCUAACUGUGUACUAAAGCAUCCAUUUUUCUGGAGUUUGGAAAAGCAACUCCAGUUUUUCCAGGAUGUGAGUGAUCGAAUAGAAAAAGAAUCCUUGGAUGGUCCAAUAGUAAAGGAGCUAGAGAAAGGAGGCAGAGCAGUGGUGAACAUGGACUGGCGGGAGCACAUCACGGUCCCUCUGCAGACAGAUCUUCGAAGAUUCCGAUCCUAUAAAGGCGGCUCCGUAAGAGAUCUCCUGCGGGCAAUGAGAAACAAGAAACACCACUAUAGAGAACUUCCGCCCGAGGUGCAGGAGACCCUUGGUUCUGUCCCAGAUGACUUUGUACGUUACUUCACCUUGCGGUUCCCUCACCUCCUUCUGCACACCUACCAUGCUAUGCAAAUCUGCCGCCAGGAAAGACUGUUCCAGCCUUAUUAUAUGCAGGACUCAAGCAGCCACGUUCUUUCUGCAGAUGGUGUUUGAGAGCCGGAGACUCUUUGUUCUUUGCACAAACAGGGCUGUGAAACAGGCCUGUCCUUAGCAGGGUGACUUGAGGGGAUCAUCAGAGGGCUGAAAAUCCUCUUUGAGAGACCCGGACUUAUCAAACGUGCCUUGAACUCUCUGCCUGCUCUGACUCAGGAAAAAGAGGCUCCAGGUAGGAAUCCAAAGAAGAUGCAGAAACUUGCAGAAAGCUUUAUCCUACAGAAGUCGGGAGCAGUCGAAAGGAAACUCCUAAGAAGAAAAGUGAAGGGGAGUAUCUAAAACAGCUCAGCUUGGCAACAAGCAACAUUAUUCUGAAUGCCUACACUGUUUGCUCUUUACAUACUGGCAUUCAAGUCACUUUACUGCACAGAACAGUAAAAAGACAGACUGAAACCGUAACAUUGCCAAGCCCCUUACGGAUCUCAGGAAGGAGCCUUUUAAGUGUAGCACACCAUUUCCAGCCACUUUUGUUCCACUGCCAUGUUGUGCACUUGAAGCAACCAGGGACAUUGAUUUUUAAAGGGAAGUGGCAGAUUAAACAUGGCAGAUUCAGCAAAGAGGCUAGCCCUACAAAUACUAGUUUUAAAAUAGUUUUGUGUAGACAUGAAAUUAUCCUUGAAAUCGCCAACUGGAAGCAUCGGUCCAAAUACUAAUAGCUGACAAAGACAGAAGGAUUGGCAUGCCACGGUAUUACAAAAGCAGACAAAUCCAGAAACCUCUGGACCAAGGUUUGGCUUUGGCUAUAGUGCUGGAAAUCCCUAAUCCUUUUGGAGAAAUCCAUUCAGAUGUCAUUUCUGGUUUCUUUCCAAGAAUGUGACUAGCUUAAUAGUGUGAUUUAGAUGCAACAGUUGACACAGCUAGAAACGCUCCUUAAUUUUAUUUGUAAAUCUAAGAGAGCUGGCGGUUUUAAAAGGUACAGGAAAACCUGAGUGUUUUUUAAUUUUUUUAGAAACUCAGUCUCUUGGGAAGCUACAAAGAGAGAGAGAGAGAUCUGCUUCCCAUCUUGAAGGAUGCAGUUUCCCUUUUCAGUGUCCCUAAAAUGGUGAUGCACAUGGAAUGUGCAGAAAGCAUUAAGAAUUCCCACUGAUGUGCUCUCCAAUGUCAUAUUUGUAGUAUUCUUUUACCAAAAAUAUUUAUUUUACAUAUUUAUAUUUAUUUAAUUUUUACUUACAAAGUGGUACCACUUUGAAAUGGUACAAGUGUAAAGCAUGCCAAAUCUUUUUUAAAAUAAUAAAAAUAGUAAAAUCUGCUCUGGUGCAGUAAUCUUUUUUUAGGUUGACAUGGAAAAGGUAUGCUGCAUCUUUUCAACCAAGCAUAUUCAUUAGAUCAGGAUAAAAUGUUCUCUCACAUAAGGAAGUUUUUAAUCUGUGUGACUGUACUCUCUUAAAAUGAAUAAGUUAAUAACGGUUAAUUGUAUGAUUGGGCAUUGGUAUGGGUAUUUGGUUUUUUUGCUUUGUCUUUUGUCCUCAUCAUUUUUGGGCCUUACAUUACAGGGAAAUUGUUUUUUCUUUCUUUCUAGUUUUAUAAUGCAACAGCAGAUAUUAAGGUAAGAUAUGCAAAUAUGGACAUUACAGGAUGUGAAAGCUUGAAAAUGAUGGUAGUCUUAAUGUAACUUAAUUGAAAAAAUCAUAUUUCCUAUUUUUGUAGCUCUAUUGUACAGUACUUUUAUAUAUUUCUUCUAAAUAAGAAAUUUACACAAAAAUUAAAAGUAGAUUUUGAAACAGU